AUGGCGUUUUGUUGUCAUGGUUUUCGCGUCACCGUGGAACCCAUCAUGUUCCUCUAUAUGAUGUGCUUAUACAUUGCCUUUCCAGCGCUACAAGCUCUCAUUUACAGUAAAGUCUGUGUCCACCAAUAUAAUACAACGUUCUGUCAAAAUUUGAAAAACAAUUCAGCAAAUAUGUCAGAAUAUCAAGACGAAGAAGAUCUUGUACAGUCAGAGACGUCACAUUUGAUCUUGAUGACUAAUGCCUCCCGUUUGGUGCCAUCGUGUAUAGUUGUUUUGUUUUUUCUCAGCCCACUGGUUGAUCACGUCAGCCGUAAAGCAGCCAUUUUGAUUACAGCGGGUUUUGGCAUAGCCGAGAAUGUUGCUUAUUUGUUAAAUAGUGUUUACGUUGACAUUGAUGCAAGCUACUUGUUGAUUGGUUCGAUUAGCGGUGGAUGUGGCGGAUCGUUUACUGCGAUGGUGAUGACUAUUUAUAGCUACACAUCAAACAUUUCAACAGAUGAAGAUAAAACAGUCCGUAUUGCACUUGUAGAGGCCAUGAUAUUUCUAGCCGGAACUAUUGGUAUUUUUUGUUCCGGACUGAUGGUGGAUCGACUGGGUUUUGUUUUUACCUUCAGUUUUACGACUGGACUUCUUGUUGUAUUAAUUCUAUAUGUCCUUAUAUGGCUACCGGAUGUAAAACCUGAUAAACCAUCAGACGAUGACGUUGGAUGCACGAGGAUGAUGGCUAGUCGAGUUUCAGGAAUUUUCAAAUUUAUUCGUAAGGAGAGAGAAGAAGGCGUGAAAGUUUUCGUUGGGUCGAUGAUUGCCAUUAUUCUGUUGAUGAUGACUGCACUAGCAGGUGAAAGAGAUAUUAUGUAUUUAUACGUCAGACGUCAUCCAUUAAACUGGUCAACUACAAUGUAUGGGUAUCUAAGUGGAUUUGAGAACGUUCUGAGAGGGAUAACUCUAAUUGCUGUGAUGCCUGUAUUCAAAUACAAAUUUCAUUUGAAGGAUACAACUCUGAUUAUUCUGGGAAUAAGUUCAAGAAUAGUCGGUUUUACUUUCUACAGCUUCGGAUAUACAUGGACAAUGUUUACAGGUUGUGCUGCAUCAUUGUUUACUGGUUAUCCAGCUGCGGGUAUCAGAUCUAGCGUUAGUCAACAGAUACAUAAAGAUGAACAUGGGCGAUUAUUUGGUUUAAUUGCAUCAGUAGAAAGUAUCGCCGCCAUAAUAGCUACCUUGAUAUUUAAUUAUGUCUAUCCAGCAUCGCUUUCAUUCUAUCCUGGCUUCUGUUUUAUGUUGCUGGUGGUCAUCUGUGUUCUAGGAUUACUGAUCACUCUGUAA